AUGAGACGCCUCCACCUCAAUAAGAAAGCCACAGACAAACAGCCAUAUAGCAAGCUUCCUGGUGUUUCACUCCUAAAGCCGUUAAAAGGUGUGGAUCCUAACCUGAUCAACAACUUAGAAACCUUCUUUGAACUGGAUUAUCCGAAAUAUGAAGUACUACUCUGUGUACAAGAUCAUGAUGAUCCAGCUAUUGAUGUGUGCAAAAAACUCCUUGGCAAAUACCCGAAUGUUGAUGCUAGACUGUUCAUAGGUGGCAAGAAGGUUGGCAUCAACCCCAAGAUUAACAACUUAAUGCCUGGCUAUGAAGUUGCCAAAUAUGAUCUCAUAUGGAUUUGUGAUAGUGGAAUCAGAGUAAUGCCAGACACGCUGACAGAUAUGGCCAAUCAAAUGACUGAAAAAGUAGGCUUGGUCCAUGGGCUUCCCUAUGUUGCAGACAGACAGGGUUUUGCUGCUACCCUUGAACAGGUUUAUUUUGGAACUUCGCAUCCAAGGUCAUAUAUUUCAGCCAACUUAACUGGCUUUAAGUGUGUAACAGGAAUGUCAUGCUUGAUGAGGAAGGAUGUCUUGGACCAAGCUGGAGGACUGAUAGCUUUUGCACAAUAUAUUGCUGAAGAUUACUUUAUGGCCAAAGCUAUAGCUGACCGGGGUUGGAAAUUUGCGAUGGCCACACAAGUUGCAAUGCAAAACUCUGGUUCAUAUUCUAUUUCUCAGUUUCAGUCCAGAAUGAUCAGGUGGGCCAAACUGCGAAUUAAUAUGUUGCCUGCCACAAUAAUUUGUGAGCCAAUCUCAGAGUGCUUUGUUGCCAGUCUAGUUAUUGGAUGGGCAGCUCAUCAUGUGUUUAGAUGGGAUAUAAUGGUAUUUUUCAUGUGUCACUGCUUGGCGUGGUUUAUAUUUGACUACAUUCAACUAAAAGGUGUUCAGGGUGGUGCUCUGUGUUUUUCAAAACUUGAUUAUGCAGUAGCUUGGUUCAUCAGAGAAUCCAUGACAAUUUAUAUUUUCCUAUCUGCUUUGUGGGACCCCACUAUUAGCUGGAGGACAGGACGUUACAGAUUACGUUGUGGAGGCACUGCAGAAGAAAUUCUUGAUGUAUAGCCACAGCUUUGUAACUGUGAAUGUCAAAAAGAGAAGGGGGGGGGGGAAGAAAAGUAUUAUAAAUUGUUUAUAUAAAUACUUUUAAGAAAAUCUACCUUCAGUAGUUUUAUUACUUGUAUGUUUUGGUAUCUGUUCUUUAAUUUAUUUUUGCAUGGCACUUGCAUCUGUAAAAAUACAUCUGUAGUCUUGGCCAAACGGUACCUUGCUCCUAUGUACAAAUAGAAAUGGAGAGAAUUGGUCCUGACAUCUACUUUCUAUAGGAAUGCUCUGCAGUAAACUCUUUUUUUAAAAAAAAAAGCGUAUCCUCCUGGAUAUGAACAGCUUCUUCUGCCACGGUGUGCUAGCCUAGCAAAUCCAGGGUUCACAUAGCUAUUUUCCAGCUGGAUUGUACAAGGCUGUACCUAGUAAAAUCACAGAAGUACAGCUGAUUUUCUGUUUUAUCCCACUGAAUUGAGCUAGUAACAGGACCUUGGGAAAGAAGCUCUUAAAUGCUUUAUGCCUACCUCUUGUAGUUGCUGCAGAACAAAAUGAAUGGAAAGGUAAAAAUGCUUUGCAAAAACAAACUAAAGUAAAGCUGGAGUCAUGUGUUUAUAUGUAUAUAUGAAAUACUUUCGUCAUUGCAAUGAACCAAAAGUGGACUGAGUUUGAUAGAAUGAGUUGGAAGGAAUUACUGGUCAGGCAUGUAUUGUGGGCAUCUUUUGGCCAACUCUGAUCUGGUUCUGUCUUGAA